AUAACGUCCGUUGGCGGAGGGGGCGGGGCUUGUCAUAAACAGGAAGUGUGACGUAAGAUUUAUUUUGGAAAAACGAAGUCAGCAGCAGCAGCAGAAGAUGGAGCAGCCGAGCCAGGAUUACAAGCUGAUAUUCGAGAAGGAGGGGGUGUACCUCCACACCAACGCCAAGAGGAGUAACCAGGACACAACCAUCCCAGGUUUCAUCCGGAUUGUGGAGCGGGGCGGGCAGCCGGCUUUAGAGUGGAGCCCGCUGGAGGACGAGGGCCGCAGUGCCCCCGCUGUGCUCUACACCAAGAAGGACGGAGAAGGAGGAGAGGAGGACACAAAGUUCGACCCCGGAUAUGAGCCAGACUGGGCGGUUAUCAGCACAGUGAAGAAAGAUCGAGAACACGUCCCGGUCAGAGACUCAGGUCAGUGGUCGUUCUCGCUGCCUCUCUCAGAGUUAUACUCCCUCCGCCGAGCUCGCUUUUCUUUGGGUCGAAACUUCCUUGUGCUGACGAGUAGAGGAGGCCACCCGCUGCCCGCUCUGCACUUCCACAGAGGAGGAACCAGGGAGCUUCUCAGGGCCCUGCAGCGUUACAUCAUCCUGGACCAGUCACCGGUUGACGGGCGGCUCUUCCUCGCCUACCCUCACGACUCAGGUGCUCUCUCUCAGUCCUUCGAUAAACUGCAGCUCCUCGAUGACGGAGGGUCGGAUCUCGUUUCGAGAUUUAUCCAGGACCCAUAUGCCACCACAUUCGGCGGAUUCUCCAAAGUCACCAACUUCUUCAAGGCGGCACUUAAACCUCCAGAUUCCACCAUCUACUCGCGUACUCAGGAUCCCAGUUUGCCCCCUCAGCCCGAUGAAGAGCCCGGCUUCGAACUCAUCACCUGCGGGGUGGAGCUUGGUCCCAGACCAGACAUAAUGAGGGGACAACCUCUGGACAAAUGGGAGGAGUUUCUGGACCCAGAGGGGCGAGUGCAGAACCCAGAGAGGAUCAAAGAGCUGGUGUUCAGAGGGGGCAUCAAGCCAUCCCUGAGGAAGGAGGUGUGGAAGUUCCUCCUGGGCUUUUAUCCGUGGAACAGUACCACCAAGGAAAGAGAGGACAUACUGCGGGUCAAAACGGACGAGUACUUCAGGAUGAAGGUGCAGUGGAAGUCGGUGAGCGAAGAGCAGGAGAUGAGGAACUCCCUCCUCAGAGGAUACAGAAGUCUGAUAGAGAGAGAUGUCAGCCGGACAGACAGACACAAUACGUUCUUCUCUGGCAACGACAACCCAGGCCUGACUCUGCUGCACGACGUGCUGAUGACGUACUGCAUGUACAACUUUGACCUAGGUUACGUCCAGGGGAUGAGCGACCUCCUUUCUCCUCUCUUGUUCGUCACCCAGAACGAGGUGGAGUCCUUCUGGUGUCUGACGGGCUUCAUGGAGCUUGUGCAUCAGAACUUUGAAGAGUCUCAGGAGGCCAUGAAGCAGCAGCUCCUUCAGCUCAGCAUCCUGCUGAAGGCUCUGGACCCGGAGCUGUGUGACUUCCUGGACUCUCAGGACAGCGGCUCUCUCUGCUUCUGUUUCCGCUGGCUGCUCAUCUGGUUCAAGAGAGAGUUCUCCUUCGAGGACAUCCUCGUCAUGUGGGAGGUCCUCUGGAGUCGUCUUCCAUGUGACAACUUCCACCUGCUGAUCGCCUGUUCGAUCCUGGAGUCCCAGAGAGGAGAGCUGAUUGGCUCAGACCACGACUUCAACACUAUUCUGAAGCACAUCAACGAGCUGACGAUGAAGUUGGACCUGCAGAGUAUUCUGUGUGGAGCGGAGGCCAUCUACCUCCAGCUGAUUCAGUGCAAGGAGCUUCCCGUCAAGGUGCAGCGGGUUCUGGGUCUCUACAUCCCGUCCACCUCUGAGGACGACAGCCCAGACUCGCAGGCCAGCGAGACGCAACGCCUCCUCGGCCAAUCGCAGGCUGGAGCUGCGUCAUGUGACUCCGCACGUGGCCCCACCUAUCCUUAAAUCCGCAGACUGACGACGAAGAAGUGAAGACGUUUGUAUAUGACAAAAAAAAAUAAGAGAUGUAUAUAAACUGUAAAUGAUCCAAUGAGAAGGAACGAAUACUGUGGUGGAGACUGUUGUUGCUUCUUGUCAGGGGCAGGGGGCGAUGUCUUUCCUCUUUUCUUUUAACGUACCGUGUAUGUCUGAAGACGUUUGAACACUAUAGUCGUACUUGCUGUGCUGUUUUUUUUUUCACGUGUGUCCACGACCGCUCGUCUUCUGUUUACACGUCGUGUGUCUCUGCUGCCUUUCCUCUGCCCUCCGUCCUCCUUUUAAAGCUUCUUUUCAAAAAUUAUUUAACGACUGUAUCCGUCCCGUCACUUGCCGUGUACUUUCAGUUUGGUUUAUAUAUUUUCCCCCACAGUUCCUGAAAAGGGAAGAAGAAGAUGAAGGAUGAACUCACUGGCAGCACCUCGUUAGUACUGUACGAUACCAUUCCAGCCCUAUGCAAAGUCUUUGCAUGCCUUAUAGUUUUCACAGGUGGCGUGGUAAUAUUCUAAGCCUUGUAAUUAUCUGUAUUAUGCCAUAAUGUUUUCAUCUGCUGAUUAUUACCGAAUAAAUGGUUGAAUCUUAACGAAGCCGGGAU